AUAUGGGUAGUAUGCAGGAAAGAAUUACAACAACUAAGAAAGGCUCUAUAACUUCCGUUCAAGCCGUAUACGUUCCAGCAGACGACUUGACAGAUCCCGCUCCUGCCACAACUUUCAGUCAUUUGGAUGCUACAACUGUCUUAUCCCGUUCCAUUGCCGAGCUCGGUAUUUAUCCAGCAGUAGAUCCACUUGACUCAAAAUCUCGUUUGUUAGAUCCUAGGGUCGUCGGUGAAGAGCAUUAUCGAGUUGCUACAGAUGUUCAAAAGAUCCUCCAAGACUAUAAAUCUUUACAAGAUAUUAUCGCCAUUUUGGGUAUGGACGAAUUAUCUGAAGAAGAUAAA